CCGCCAGCUCCUUGGCAGUCAUGGAGCUCGUUUGCGACAUUCAUAGCAGAAAACAGGAGCUGAUAUUCAACAGGACUUCAAUUCCCGUACCCCUCAAAACUUACGAAAUGCGGAUGAGCAAGUUUUAUAACACAAGAAUAACUAUUAUGCGGCACACAAAAGGAAUAAACUGCCAUCAAAAGUUAAGUCAGUCCAGAGUACAAAUGCUUUUACAUCCAGGUUAAAAACUUUGCUUAUUUUCCCCAUACUUUCGAUUAAAGUCCUUUUUUUAAAAUUAUUUUUUUCUUGAAGUUAUUUCAGAAAGUUCGUACCUGUACUUGCAUUUCUUUACUUUUCUGUUAACGUGUUUAAAUGGUGUCGAUAUACAUUCCGGUCAUUUUUGGAAGGUACUUUUAUUGUCUCUGUUUGUAUCUGCUUGUAGUUGUCUUUGCUUGUGUGAAAAUUUGAGUUUCAAGUGUGCUAUAUAAAUAAAACUACCUUGUCUUGCUUUUCCUACAUGCUGGUGUUUGUUUUUUCUUUUUUUUUUAUGGUUGAAGGAGCCACUCAGAGUGUGGUCGGGUGCCACCAGUUGCUCAUCCCUGAAUUACGUAUUCUGUAGAGGUUUAAAAAGAGUAGCAGACCUCUUGAUAGAGUAAGGAGAAUAAAGUGUUCAAAUGUAGAAACUAAAAGUUAUGGUCUUUUCAAACUACAUGACUUUUUGUCGUUCAUGACGGUCACACUGUCAGACUAGCAGGUGAAUAUCAUUGGACUUAAGCUAGAUGUCACACGACAAGUCCGUCACUGACCAGAUGCUACCCAAUUGUCGCGUACUAAUGACAAGAUUCAGUGCACCGGCGCGGGGCUGGCGGCUGUCAAAGUCUUGUCGACGGAAGCAUUAUAUGCACGUACGUUUUGUUUUCUGCUCAGAAAAGUCAAAAGAAUUAUUAAAAAAAAAAAGAAGAUAUAACGGACCUGCUCCUGAAUGGUGGCGAGAGGGCGGUAUGGAUUCUCCCAAAGGAACUCGAGGUUGGAGCCCCAACAGAGCAGAGGAAGGCCAUGAAGCACUUUACCGCGCACUCCGACCUGCCCACCAAGCAAGAGUUUCAACUGGAUCGAGUGAUGAAUCCCUUGGGAGGAGUCCACAAAGGAAUUAAAUACGCCAGUUGGUCGCCUCUUGGCUGCGAUUCCAGCGGGCGCUGCUUGCUAGCGUGCCUAACUCUUGACCACAGACUCACCGUCCAUCACAGCCACCAGCGUCUCGGAUGGAGCACGCUGGUCGAUCUCAGCGCUAAAUACGGCGAGAUGCUACAAGAACGAGGUUACGCCCAACUGGAUGCCAAGCCGCCUGAGAAAAACCUGUUGGACUUUGAGGAGCUGCAGUGGCGCUACCAAAUGCAGACCCCUGUGAGGAUGGAGUGGUCCGGCGUUUACACGCUCAAACAGGUGCAGCCCGACAACUCCUGCGUUCAUGUGAAGAUGGUCCUCCUCGCCGUCCUGAUGGAAAACGGCGACCUCGUUUUGUGGAAGUUUGCGCUGCCCUUUGAGAACGGCGCCGAUGUUGUUUUUUACGACGCCAUCGCGUCAGGUGUGAGCUCUCCCAGCGAUUUGGCCUGGUGGGAAUAUGAACACGCCGACCGGCGAAUGAGCGGCUUGAUCGUCGGCAGCGAGUUGGGCCCCGUGACGAUCAUGCCGGUCAGCUUGGCGGGGGUCAAAGGUUACUUCACCCUGCGACACCCCGUCAUCCUCUGGAAGGAGUGUGACCGGAUGGCGGCGGAGAACAUCAAAUGCGUCCCGUUGGUCCACCCGCUUCACAAAACGAGAUGCAGCCUCAUCGUGGCGUCUCGCGGUUGCUACGUCCUCUGGUGUUUGCUCACGAUUUCGCCAGCCGGACUAAACGUGAACAUCUCUCACCUGGCGGGCCUCUACUCCCUCCCCGUGGUGUCGCUCGCCGUCAGCCGGCACGGCGUCGUGUACACGUGCUCCACCGACGGCUGGAUCAAGAAGCUGACGCCAAAAUUCACAGAAAGAACUUUGACUUUCCAACAAGAGGAGAUGUUGUGCCCCGAAGGUUUGACGAACCGACGUCUGUAUGGGAUUGCGGUGAGCCACAACGAAGCGUAUCUCGCUCUGGUCAGCACGCAACGUUUGGUCGACUCAUUUCACCCAAUUCUCAGCAACUACCACGUGCACUUUCUCGCAUUGAAAUUGCCAGAAACAGCAGCCGGGCUUCUGCUCAAAUCCCCCACCGAGAACCUGUACAAGGAGGCCGACCUGCUGGACCUUGUGAGGUGGAACGUCUUAAAGAACAAAAGUAUUCCUCGGGCCUUGCAGCAGGAGCUUGAGCAGAAGAUCCGAGAGGUGGACUCCCCUUACCUCUGGCGCUUGAAGCUGUUUUUGCUUCGUUUUCUGCACCAGUCCCUUCAGACGCCGCAGACAGUCCGCCACUGGAAACCUUCUCAAGAGGUCUGCGGUGCACUCAUGCAGGACCAGGACGGUGAAGAGGACAAAGAUUUGGCCGGCGAGUGCCACGCUAUCGGCGAAGCGAAUCCGGACGAGCAGGUGGAGCAGGUGCGGGCGGGGAUGCGUUUGGUGGAGAGCCACCUUGUGAGAGAGAACAUGAAGAAGUUGCUUGGGGAGGUCUACCUCAACACGCACAUAACGCAGAAGACGUGCAUUCCCACCAGCGGCCUGGCUGAGCACCUCUUGAAGGUCUCCGAUGACAAAAAUGCAGAGGUCCUGAUUGGUCACAUCAAGAAAAAGAUGAACAAGCAGACGUUCCCAGAGUGCUGCAGCUUGUGUCAAGAGGUGCUGCCCUUCACCGACCACAAGCAAGCGGUGUGCCAAAACGGUCACAUGUGGCUCAGGUGUGUGCUCUCCUAUCAGGCGUGCCAGUCUCUGACUUUCAGACGCUGCCUCUUGCAGGAUAGCAUCUCUGGAAUCCCACAGUACGAAGACCCACCGUGGAUAAAGAAGAUACUCCAGACGUCGUGCUCGCUCUGCGACUCGCCAAUGAUCUAGAGACGAACGACCGCGGCGCUAUCGGCGCCUUCCCGCAAAAAAAAACGCCUCCGGUUUACAAUCGCUUCAACGCGACUCUUAAUUAUAUCAUGUUGAUAUUUAUGUCUUCAAAUUGGAAAUAAAAGUCUUUGAAGAUA